GACUUUGAGGGUCAGAAGAAAGUCGAACAAAUCUCUCGAGUGACUUUAGUGGCAGUAACAAUUGUGUCUUUCAUCGUUGGAUUCGCUCUACAAUCUCUGCGUGCAACGUUCGGUAUCUUAAUUGCCGCUAAUAUCGUUCUCUUUGCGGUUGUCGUUCCACCUUGGCCAAUGUUCAACUGCCAUCCAGUGAAAUGGCUACCCGCAAAAGGUAAUUCGAAUGUCAGAAAGCUAUCUUAA